AUGAGAGAAGUGGACGACGAUGAAGUCAAAAAAGAAGGCGGAAAAACGUUGACGGAAAAAAAACAGCAGAAUGUGACUGUAAGUUUGAUGAAACUGAACAAAUCAUCUGAUCAGCUUUGGACAAGGUUCGCUGAGGCGGAAAUGACCACCCUCACUGAAGAGGCUGGAUCAGCCAUGGACCAGGCCGAGGCAACCGAUCACCACCAUAUGACCAGGAGGGAAUGUGAAUUGAUUCAUAGGAACCUGGAACGGGGAGGUCUACAAACUUCGAACGAGGAUUGGAUGAGUGGAAAAGAUUUGAUCCCUCGGUCCAAGGCAACAGAGUCAAAGGACCAAAUCCGGAAGUUGAAGAAAAGGCGUGAAAAACUGUGGGAUGAGUGGGCAUAGAAAGGCGGUUCUCAAUCCGACGACGAAGGGAAACUGGGAAGAGUGAAAAUUGUGGAGCAGGAGGAGCCAGUUGGGGACUUACAACUACAGGCCCCAGAUCAGCUAGAACGUGCACGCUUGCCCAUGUUUGCUGGUAAUAUGAGGGAUUACUACCGCUGGAAAGCAUGA